CGGGUUCCUUCAAGACACGCCAAGCUCGCGCUCCCGAGCAGAAUCCCCGGCACGCGCUCUGGUUGAUGAGGUGGUUGACAGGAGGAGCAGGAAAGUUUUUGGAGACGAGAAGGCGACGAGUGCGGAGUGUGAGAGGCGAGAAACUGCGGCCUGAUCGGUUUGUGCUGAGUCAUCCUGACCGACCAAUCACAUGCCUCCUGUGUGACCCCAUCGCUCUGAUCAGAUUAUUGAUCCAGUCAGCACCAGACCAAAUCGAUGAUCCUGGACUUGUGAUCGCUGCCUGACAAGCCAGAGACUCGUGCUGCUGUGGUGCUGAUACCUGCUAUUGAUUACUGGAUUACUGAUCACACCUGAGCCAGAGGGAAACUGCUGAGAAAGGAAUAUUUGUGAAACUUCUGCUAUCUCAUUAAGUUGACACCUUACAAAGACUGCGAUUGAUUGGAGAACCGGGAAAACGCCUCCUUAUUGGUCAAACAGUCAAUAAGGGAGACAAAAACCCCAACAGGCCAAUCAAUGGCAGCCUCAGAACUGAUCCAGGACAGCGACGAUGUCCGGCCCCACGUGGAAGUUAACGUGACCACAGUGAAUCCCCCCACACCUCCUCGUCCUCCGAGGGUUUCCAACGGUAAGCCGACCCGCCUCGUCUCCUCGCCGUCGCCCCGCGGCGACGCACACGACGGCUCGACGCAGCAGGACUGCAGCCGGCUGAGCAGCCUGUUGAAACAGAAACACCUGAUCCAGUCUCUGAGCCGCGGACUGAGGAAGCACUGCGACUACGUGAAGAUCACCGUGCAGGAGGAACGGGCAACCCGGCUCCCCAAGGAAUGGUGGAAGACGGGCGUGGCCUUCCUGUACGCCGUCUUCAACCUCGUCUUCACCACCGUCGUCAUCACCAUCGUCCACGAGAGGGUGCCGGACAAGUCGGUGAGCCCGCCGCUGCCCGACAAGUUCUUCGACUACGUGGACCGCGUGCCCUGGGCCUUCACCGUCACCGAGGUCAACGGGCUGAUCCUGGUGGGACUCUGGCUCGUCCAGUGGCUCUUCCUCAGACACAAGGCCAUCGUGGGGCGUCGCUGUUUCUUCCUCAUCGGGACUCUCUACAUGUAUCGCUGCGUCACCAUGUACAUCACCACCCUGCCCGUACCUGGGAAACACAUGGUGUGCGCUCCCAAGCUCUACAACGACUCCAUUGGGAAAGUCUGGAGGAUUUUGAGGCUGAUCUCAGGAGGAGGUUUGUCUCUGACCGGCUCUCACCUGAUGUGUGGUGACUUCCUGUACAGCGGGCACACCGUCAUGCUGACGCUGUCGUACCUGUUCAUCAGAGAGUACUCUCCUCGCUGGAUGUGGUGGUAUCACUGGCUCUGCUGGUUGCUCAGCGCCUCAGGUGUUGUCUGCAUCCUGUUCGCUCACGAGCACUACAGCAUCGACGUGGUCAUCGGAUACUUCGUCACCACCAGGAUCUUCUGGUGGUACCACACCAUGGCCAACACACACGCGCUGCGUCAAGCUCCCAACAACUACCUGUCGAGGACCUGGUGGAACCCGAUCUUCAAUUUCCUGGAGGGGAACGUUCAGACGACGGUUCCCAUCACGUUCUCGUGGCCGGUGCCGCUGCCUUCGUCCUGCAGACAGCGGUACAGGAUAGUGGAGGGGGGGAGGGACGAGUGAGGACAGGUGGGGGGCCAAUCACAGACCUGAGCUGAAACGGCAUCCGUCCAGACUCCUGUUUGACAUGAGUGUAAUUAUGAGAACCAGCAUUUCCAGCUCUCCCCUGCGCACUGAGGAAGAGCUCAUGAUGUUUACAUUGACGUGAUCAGCGAGUUUAAUCCUUUGAUAAUGCAGGUCAUCUUCCUGUUGAAUCUGAAGAGUUUCCUGUGACGUGUUCACACAAACAUCUGACUGUCAGCAAAGUUACAACUACACUGAGAGCUAAAAUAACUGCCUAGUCAAUAACACGAUUCGUUAGAAAACUAGUUUCACUUCUUUUGUGUCUUUGGCACACUUUAAUUUUUUAUCAAUGCGUUCUAGCUGUUGUUACAAAGAUUUCUUUUCUUGUUCUAAUUUAAUUUCCGGUUGAAAUAAGCUUCAGGUGCCAUAAACCUUUUCCACAAGUGCCCAUAAAUCCAACAUGAGGUCCAGAUUCUGACCUCUGAAACGGACCUCGGAGGUUGAUGUGAAGGGUUUUCAGGUUUCAUGUCCUGCUGCUCUACCAACAAACCAACUGGCUGAAGAGCUGGACAGCUUUUGUUACUAACUGCUAACUCAGGCUCGUCAGAUGCUUACUUUUAACGUGGCGUAUGUGUGGACUAACUGCUGUGAUACCGGUGUUCCUGUUCACCUACCUGUGUGAGUCAGGAGGACCACACACCGGCCAACACCAGAAGGUUUUCAGGGAGAACUUUCAUUAUUCCCAAAACCUAAAAGGAGCUGAAACAUUUUGACAUACGAGCUAAACGUGUUGACGUGUUCAUCCUAUUGCUGCGUGUACUGCAGAGUAGUCAGUAAAGACACGCUUAGCAUGCUAACGUGAAGGUGUUUUCAAGUCAGGAGACAGAAUUACAGGGUGGAAGUUUGGGAAGAAAAAAAUGGCUGAAAAUGAGUCGUCACCUCAUUAACCUUUCUGAUUAGGGCUGGAUAUCACGAACAGUCUUGAUACUAAGACCAAAGGAAAGCCUAAUUUCAGUACCAAUACCAAAUGUUAUUAAUAUAUAUGUAUUUUUUUUAUUUAGAGGUGCAAUAUGUAAAAUUGGUUAAAAACAACCCCAAAAUUAACAAAUAUUAAUGUGAAGAAUGUGAAGAACUGACAGUGUUGACAAAGUGCUGCUGAUAUGUCUCCUGAAGUUAGCAUGUAAGCUAGAUCAUUUACCUCAACAAGUAACGCCGACAAGCUAAGGAAUACAAAGGAAACAUUACAUGUUUAAAUAUUGAGAUUAUUUCAUAGCGUUCGGUUUGUAAGCUCGCCACACACUUAGAACCAAAGCUACUGUUGUUAGCAGGUCUUCAUACAGGAGUGAUGACUGAUGGCACUGAAUUAGGUUUGAUUAGCCACAUGGCAGCAGGGCCUUGCGUAAUACUUGUUUUGAUCACUAAAGAAAAUUAAGUCCAUGAAAGGAAAAUGUACCAACAAAGACAAAUUAGACAAGUAAGUAGAUUAUUAAUUCUGCCUGUGUGGCUUGUAAGCUAGCCAGCUGGUAGCUAAUAGCUUGUAGUAGCUAAACUGCCAAUUAAACUUUCCAAGUAGCUAAAUUGGGUCCUUGUCGGUGAGAAAGUUCAUGGCUUUAUUGAAUGAGAAUUGUUGAAUGUCUUUCUGUACUUGAUCAUUGUUGUUUAAGUUAUGUUUUCAAGUCAAAUUGUGUGAAGUAUUGAGACGCUGAGCUUCCAGCUGUCUGUUUUUGCCUUUUUUUUUAUAUAUAUAUAUAUAUAUAUGUAUAUACAUUGUUUUCCUAAUUUUAUGUCAUUCUGAAACAGUAACUUCCUGUAAACCAAAACUCCCUGAAACUGCUGCUGAUUAAAGUCGGAUUAAUGAAGGCUGUUGUUACGUGAAGCUCCAGUUAAAUUUUCAAAAAGUUUACCCAAUGUCAUGUUCUACAAGUUCAUUAUUUGGUUAAAGGUGAUGUAAACAAAUUGUCACGAUGGGAUAUUUGCUUUAUUAAUAAAAGCUUUAUCUUCAGUGA